CGCUCGAAUCGAGAAAUAGAAAUCGCGGGCACGGAGUCGCUCACCGCGAUUUCGGGGGCGGUUCGCGCGAGAGACCGAAGUGUGAUCGCGAAGUGUGACUUAUCGUCUGAUAGAUCGUCGCUGGGCGACCCUUCAGCUGCCAUCCACGACCUUGUACUCUCGCGUUCUCGUGCGCGGGCCCUGCCGGAGAUCCCCUGACUGAAGAUUCGUCUUUCUUCCGGCCGGUCGGCCCAACCGGUUAGCCUUAGGAUUCCGGCCUCUCUCAGAAUACCGGUGACACGUCCGCGACGUCAGAGAACAAACCAAUUGUGCAAAAUGCCGGAUAUUUUCACACGGAGGUCCAUUUAACGUCGCUUCAAGAUGUAUACCGAGUGGCAAAAGGGUGAGUUGGUGUGGUUCGACCCUGGAGUCGGCCACGUGCUGCCGGGCGAGGUUCUCGAGUACCAUCGAGCUGCGAAUGUGCUCUCGGUGCAAGCGGUAAUCGCCGGCAAGCCGCAAGUCUUCACUCUCACCAACCUGAACGGAGUAAAGCCCAGGCAGGACUUGGGUCAAAAUGGUGUCGAGGAUAUGAUUCAGUUGACGGAUCUGAAUGAGGCGUCGCUGUUGUGGAAUUUGAAAAUACGUUACGACAAGGAACUCAUUUACACGUACACGGGAAGCAUCCUCGUCGCGGUGAAUCCGUACAAAAUGUUCGAUAUUUACGGACUGGACCAGGUGAAGCUUUACGAAGGACGGAUCCUUGGAACACUUCCGCCGCAUUUAUUCGCUGUGGGCUCGUCCGCGUACAGUCAGGUGACAGCCGCCAACAAUUCCAGUGCCAAUCAGGUGGUGGUCAUUUCCGGCGAGUCCGGCUCGGGGAAGACGGAGUCUACGAAACUAGUGAUGCAAUAUCUCGCGGCGGUGAAUCGCGCACCGAACAACCUCGUCACCGAGCAGAUCCUGGAAGCGACGCCGCUCCUCGAGAGCUUCGGUAACGCUAAAACGCCGCGGAACGACAACAGCAGCCGGUUUGGAAAGUACUUGGAGGUGCACUUCAGAGACGGCGCGAUCAUAGGCGGUAGGAUAACGCAAUAUCUGCUGGAAAAGAGUAGAAUAGUAACUCAGGCAUCGGAGGAGAGAAACUAUCACGUGUUCUACGAACUUCUGGCUGGGCUCGACCAGCAACUCAGGGACAAAUAUGGUCUUCUUACCCCGGACAAGUAUUUCUAUUUAAACCAGGGUGGAAACUGCGAGAUCGACGGUAAGAGCGACGUUCAGGACUUCAAGGCGCUCUUGUCGGCCAUGCAGGUCCUGGGCUUCACGUCCGAGGAGCAGGACACGAUCUUUAAAAUCCUAGCCAGCGUAUUGCACCUGGGGAACGUGUACUUUCACCGGAAGCAGAUGAGGCACGGUCAGGAAGGAGUGGAGGUCGGUUCCGACGCUGAAAUACGCUGGGCGGCGCACCUCCUUCAAGUGAAUUCCGAUGGCAUCAUCCGAGCGUUAACUACCAAGACGACGGAGGCGAGGAACGAGCGAGUCUUUACGGCUCUGAACAUCGACCAGGCUCUGGACGCGAGGGACGCCUUCGCGAAAGCCCUGUACAGCUCGCUCUUCUCGUGGCUGGUGGCGCGCGUCAACCACAUCGUCUACAAGGGCACCAAGCAGACCGCGGCGAUCUCGAUCCUCGACAUCUUCGGCUUCGAGAAUUUCACGGAGAACAGCUUCGAGCAGCUGUGCAUCAACUACGCGAACGAGAACCUGCAGUUCUACUUCAACAAGCACAUCUUCAAGCUCGAGCAGCAGGAAUACGCGAAGGAGAAGAUCGACUGGACCACCAUCAACUACACGGACAACCUGCCGGUGAUCCACCUGAUAGCGAAGAAGCCGGUGGGCAUCCUCCACCUGUUGGACGACGAGAGCAACUUCCCCAAGGCGACGGACCUCUCCUUCCUGGAGAAAUGCCACUACAAUCACGCGCUCAGCGAGCUGUACUCGAGGCCCAGGAUGAACUCGGCCGAGUUCGCGAUCAGACAUUACGCCGGGCAGGUUUGGUACAACGUGGAAGGCUUCCUGGACAAGAACAGGGACACCCUGAGGCCGGACGUGGUCGAGUUAUUGAUCAGCAGCAAGAUCUCGAUGGUCAGCAAGAUGUUCCAACACGUGAGAACCACUCACGAGGCGAACAAAACGAUGAACAAGCCGAACGGCAGAUUCGUCACGAUGAAGCCGAGGACGCCGACGGUCUCGGCUCGGUUUCACGACAGUCUUCAGCAGCUCUUGGACUCCAUGUCCCAGUGCAACCCCUGGUUCGUCCGCUGCAUCAAGCCGAACACCGAGAAGGCGCCGAUGAAGUUCGACAUGCCGUGCGUGCUCGAGCAGUUGAGGUACACGGGGAUGCUGGAGACAAUCCGCAUCAGGAAGACCGGCUAUCCGGUUCGCCUUCUCUUCGGACACUUCGUCGAUCGCUACCGGUACCUCGUCUCGACGCAUCUGCCGAGAGGUGCGCCGAACAAGGAGCUCUGCCGGAUCAUUCUGAGCAAAGCGGCGCCGAAAGAGGCGCAGUCGCAGUACCAGCUAGGACUCACCAGGGUGUUCCUGCGGGAAUCGCUGGAGAGGGCUCUGGAAUACAACAGAGCGUUGAUUCUAGAGCGAGCGGCCAUCACGGUGCAAAGGUACACGAGAGGCUUCUUGGCUCGGCGGAGAUUCCUCAACAUCUCCCGCAGCACCGUGCUGAUACAAGCGGUGUAUCGUGGUUACCGCGAGCGGAAGCAGUUCCGCGCGAUGAAGAAGGCCGUUCUGAUGGCGCAGAAACUCUACCGGGGUAAGAAGCAGCGGGAGAGAUUCGAGGUGUUGAAGGAGGAGAUGACGAAGAGAGCGGAGAUCGAGCGAGCCAGCAAGGAGAGAGCGAAGGCGAAGCAGCAACGGGAGGAGCAAGAGAGAACGUCGCGAGCUGUCGCCGGUGUGAACCACUUGGAGAUCCCCGCGGAGUUGGCCUUCAUCUACAGCAAACUCGACGAUUGGCAGCCUACGCACACCGAACGAAAUCUUCUGAAGGUCGUCGGCCAGGUCGUACCGAUGAAUUACGCUUACAAUCUGCCGUCUGACAUCGAUCAGUAUCAGUUCUCGAAGUUCACGAACAUUUACUUCAAGAGCCAUAUCUUCGGGAUGAAGCGGGAGCCGAUCAAGACGCCGUUCCUAGCGAAGGCUCGCGACCAAGACUACACGGACUCCCUGAUGAUCUUCAAAAUGAUUCUGCGCUUCAUGAACGAGAACAAUCUCAGCGGUAAGCGGGAACAGGCGCUGGGCGACUACAUCGUCAACAAAGGCAUCGUGAACGAGAAGCUGAGGGACGAGAUAUUGUGCCAGUUGGCGAAUCAGACCUGGAAGAAUGAGAAUGACGCGAACAAAGAACGAGGAUGGCUGCUGCUGUCCAAUUGCUUGUCGGCCUUCCAACCCAGCGUCACCCUCUUCAAGUAUCUCCUCAAAUACGUCUCCGAUCACGCCUACGACGGCUACAAAGCCUACUGCCAACGCAAGCUGCUGCAAGGCGAGAGAACGGUGUACCGUGUGAUGAAUAAUAAUCAGCAAACGGUGCACCAAGUGCCCAGGAAUUAUCCACCGUGCGUUCUGGAGUGGCGGGCCAACCGGAAUCGCGUUAAUCUAGCGCUGAACGUUGGCUUCUACGACGGCGAGACGACCACCUGCGCGAUUGAUUCAUGGACGACAUGCGAAGAGUUGGCAAAUCUCGCGAUUCAGAAUCACGGAGUGGAGAACAACGGCUGGACCAUCACGCUUUGGAACCAGUUGGACGGUCCGGACGCAAUUGUGACGGAAACCAAUGGCUUCGAUUACGUUCUCGACUUAAUCUCCGAGAUGGAAUUGGCGCCGGCUUUCCCAGCCGCCAAGCACAUGUUCUUGGAGCAACGCAAGAACAGUCUGCCGCCUAUAAAGAAACGAGAACACGCCCAGGUAAUUCGAGAGUUGGAACAGGAGAUGGAAAUCCCCGUCCUGAAGACCUUCCAGCCGCUGGAGAGGAAACCAGUGCCCAAAGUAGUUGACAAGCCUGUCGAGCCGGAAAUUCAGACACCCAGGCGACCAAUUGUUCCUCCGCCACAGCCACCCGUUGCAAAACCACCUGUACGAAAGCAGUCGCACGAGGCCAUUCUGGAGACCACAAUGGAGACGGGUUUGUCGCGGAAAUCCGCCUUGAACGACCGUUAUUUCGAAAAGGAGAAGCAGCGGAGCCGAAGUUUGGACAACUUGCUGCAACCGGAAGUCGUACCCUCGCCGGUGAAGCUCGCUAACCUCGGACUGUCCUCGUCGAAGUUGAACGAGCGAUAUCACAGCCUGGAGAGGAUCGGUGAGACCUCGGCGGUCAGCAACGUCGAGUACAUGACGCGCAACGAGAUCACGCAGGAGAGGAAGUACAGCAGGAUCACGAGGACGACGGAGCCCAACAUCGUGGAAGAGGAGGACCUCACCAUCGACUUCGAGUAUCCAGACAUCCAGUCCGUCAGUCAAACCGGCAGGUCGGAGGACGACAAGAGUAGCUACAUUAGGUCGCAGACCAGAUUCAUCAAGUCGCAAUAUCCCGGCAAACGGGCGCUGCCGGGAAGCCAGUCCAGUCGCGCGUACAUCGAAAAGAGUGAAUAUGGUGUAAAAUCAUCGGCCAUGUCCGAUACAAGCGAGGCACCAUCUUUGGCAUCGCACGUGCGCCGCGUUCGAGUGCCCAGUCAGGCUUCCGACGUGGACCAGUUCCUGGACGAGCUUUUCAUGCCGGUUCUGGACGGCAACCUUGACGAGCUGUCGGACGCUCGCAGUUUAGCCGCUUCGAUAAAAGGCUCGCGUGACGCUAGACCAUCUGGCGGUCAAACGGUGCUGGAGAAUGUGCGAAAAAUUCAGCUCCGGAGUGUCGAAUCAGCCACCGUCGAUGACUUCGUCGAGAGGAUGAUGACGGCCGACGGUGGUGCGGACAUCAACGCGAGCGAAUUGUCGAAAAGGAUCAAAGGGGGCGGCAAUAUGGACAUUCCCAAUCAGAAUGCGGCCUUCAACUUCAGUCCGAUUGCGCAGAGCAUGAUGUCGCCGCCCAUGAUGAUGCCGAUGUUCAGCCCAGCCCAACAAGUCCCGUCGGCUCAGAGCACCAGCAUGGGCAUGGGCGCGGGCUUCAUGCCCAUCCCGAUCUACAGCAUGCAGGGUCUCAGCCUGCCGCAGUAUCCCAGCUCUCCGCCGAACCAGAACAACGACAUGAUGGCGUACCAGCAGAACCUCCAACGGGCCUUCCUGCAGAGCGCGAUGGCGCAAAAUAUCCAAAUACAGCAGCAGCUCUUGGCGCAGAAUCAGGCUCUGCAGCAGCUGCUGGUCCAGAGCCCGCAGAAUUCCACACAGCAACCGGUCUCAUUUAGAGAACCCGACGACGGUGAAUUGUGGUCCACGGAGAAACGGGGCACGCCAUUGCAGUCGACGCCGAUAAGCCAACGGCAGGAAACAAUGACGGUGAAGGCACAAAUUCACAGGUCGCAGAGCCCGCUCAGAAAGAAUUCCGAGGCCAGCCGGAAGACAAGCGUCGAUUACACACGGAAGAUCAGUGUGGAUCGGAAGACGACGACGGACAGGAAAGCGUCCUCGGGGCAAACGGAAGUGAAGAGGACCGGCUCGAGCAAGAGCAACGUGCAGAGCAACUUCACCAACGUGCUCAGCGAGCUGAAGAACAGGAAGAGCAGCGUGGACAGCAAUUUCUCGGGUUCGAGCAACAACAAGGGCGUCCCACCACCCCCACCGAUGCCCCCGCCUUUAGAAUCCCAUGAUCCCUCAGAGUCCAGGCCGUUCCUCGAUCCGUACGGAAGAGCGAAGACCGUGCGCAUUGGAAAAUGGAGGUGGCCGCCGCCCAGCGACUCCAAUGAGAAUCAAGGGCAGGACAGUUUCAUAGAAUUCAAAAUGCGUCAGCAACAGCAACAGCGGAAGAUAACGCCGCAAUAUCAGGAGUACGAUCAGGGCGAAGGUGAGCCAGCGACGGAAGGCGGCGUGGAGUGGGAGGAAUUCGAGAUCGAGAACAUCGUUACGAACGAUGUCGCUCAUCCACCAGCCAGCAAUGCGGCCAAACACGAAAACGGAUACAAAGAGGAAGGGGAAAAGAAGAAGAAGAAAUCGAAAUCGGCUUUGGACGUAGGCGCGCAGAGACCGUCGCCGGGGAGUAUAGGCAAGUUGAAGCUCAGCUCGGAGAUGAGGCAGAGAUUGGAGAAGGUAACGGCGAAUCAUAGCGUGCGAUCAACGAAGACGGCUGAGAAGCCUGCUCUCCCGCGAGAAGACGGGAAGGUUAAACGCUUGGAGGACAAUAGGAAGCUCUUGUUGGAACAGCAAUUGGGUGGUAGAUGGGACGAUUACGCUUCCACUGUCGACGACACCCAAAGCGUCACUUCCAAGGGCACGACCGACAUGAUGACACAAGCUCAGGUUGUGAGGACACAAAUCGAGAGAAUGGAGCGGCCUGUACCGCCCCCACCGCCCGUCACCCCGCCACAACCCCCGAGUCCAAGGGGUGGCAGUGUUUACAGCAACAGCCAGUCCAGCGUGCCUCAGCCGCGUUCACCACCGGCGCCGAUCGAGCCGAAAAGCCGCGACUCCUUCCGCACGUCCCCCGACUCCGAGUCCUUCGACCACUUCCCGAAAAGCCAAAUGUUCAGCCAAAGCCGCGACAUCUUCGCCUCGCAGCAGCAUUUGCGCGACAAUCACGAUUACCGGGGCGACUUCGAGAAGACUCGCGGCCAAGACGGCAAAUCCAAGGACUUCUACGGGAAGGACAGCACCGACCUGGCGAGUUCGACGCGCGACCGUAACUCCGACUUCGACUCUCGUCGCGACCUCAAUUCCGAGAUCUACGACUCCAAGUACGCGUUCGACGGCUCGAACGGUAAACGCGAUCCCUUCAGCAUGACCCGAGACGUGUCUCCCAAGUCGCGGGACAGCUUCGGGAUGCCGUCGCCGCGAGACUUCGGCGUCGUGCCGAACACGAGGGAAUCCUUCACAGUCGCCCGACAGAGCUUCAAGAAGCUGGACCGCGAAGUGGACAGACGAUCGAGCGUCGCUUCGACCCAUCGUACCGACAAAAUGGAGAGGAUCGAGAUCGAAGAGUGGCCGGAAUUCCUCAAGCCUGUAUUACCACCGGCCGAUAAGCCGGAGAUCGAGAAGGUGCAGGAAGUGGUGAACACCAAGCUCUACCCGCAAGCCUCGAACGCGCAUUUCACCUACAACCGAGUCACGUGGACGUUGAGAGUCAAGAAAGAGGUGUUCGCGCCCAAUGAAACGUUGAACAGCCCGUUGGCGUUGCAUCUGGUGUUCUGCCAAGUGGCGUACGACGUGUUGGCGACCUCCAGCAUAAGGAUCACCAAGGAGGACCGGCAGAACAUGCUGAAGAUGUUAGAUAACUAUGGUGUCACGUUGGACAAUCUCCAAAGUACGCAGCACAAGAUCACGAUCAAGAAGAACAUCGUGGACAUGGCGAAGCAAUGGCCGCUGUACUUCGCCAGGAUAUUUCCCGUGUCGGUCGGCCCGCAACACCCGGAAACCCAGCACGUGGCGGUGUCGCAUCACGGGCUCCGGCUGAUCAAGCGCACGCCAAACGGAGACUUGAUCAUCCUGGAAACUCUGCCGCUGGAGGACAUCGUCUCCGUGAAUUCUUCCAGGUCGGGCGUGUGCGUGCUGCAGGUCGCGUCGGGGGUCAGGCUGCCUUUGCACACGAAUCGCGCCCCGCAACUGGCGGAGAUGAUCGGCCGGUACAUCAGACUGAUCGACCAGAAGCCGCUCCAGAAGGUUAACCAUCACGAAAAUCACGUGUCCCAAAUCACGAAGAGCAUUCAGUCGCAGGCGAAUCACGCCUCCGCGAACCACAUCCAGCCUCACAACCAUUCUAAUCACAUUAUUUCCGAGCACGAGAACCACGUGCCGCUCGGUCGCGUGCCUAACCAUGUGUCAGCUGUCAAUCAGGCGAACCAUCAGAAAAACCAACAAAACCAGCGACUCAGCCCGAGCCAGGAAUGGCGGCAGCAGGAUGACAACGUCAGGCUGCAGGAGGACGGCAUUUACGAGACCGGAACGGUGGUCAACGAUGGCAAACACUCCCUGUUGCAGUACGCCAUGUUGAACUUCCGUCAAAGCACGGAAAAAUUCGAGAUGCUGAAGACCGCGGACGGGUCGAUCAGCGGCUCUCUCAAAGUGAUCGAGUCGUUGAAGAGCAAGAAGAAGACGAAGAAAGGCAAAGGCCAGCAAGAUGGCACCGAGUGGACGUGGAAGGAGCAGGUGGACCUUGUCAAGUAUUCCACCGUUCCCAUCGAGCAAAGUCUACUCAGGCUGGACGCGGACUUGAGCGCCUUGGCUGCGGAAUGCUUCCUGUGUCUGAUGAGAUACAUGGGGGACCAGCCGUUGCCGCCUGAAACCAGCGAAGUCAAGUGUGUCUACACUAUUCUCAUGCACUGUCACAAGUACGAACAGCUGCGCGACGAGGUCUACUGCCAAUUGAUGAAGCAGACCACCAAUAACAAGAGCCCGAAUCCGGAGAGCUGCCAGCGGGGCUGGCGGAUCUUCAGCAUCGUCGCGGCCUAUUUCACCUGCAGCGAGGGCCUCAGGCCCUACCUGACGAAAUACCUGGAGACGGCGGCGUACGACAAGCGUCGGGCGUAUCACGGCACCGCGACGGUCUGCCUGCAGAAUCUCAGGAAGACCGUGAAAUACGGCGGGCGUAAGAACGUGCCCAGCGUCGAGGAGAUCAUGGCGAUCAGCGCGGGCAGGAACGCGAAGAGGCAGAUUUAUCGGCUGCCCGGCGGCACCGAGAGAGUCAUUAACACGAAAUGCACGACCGUCGUGCAGGACGUCAUCGAGGAGAUGUGCAACGUCAUCUCCGUGAGAAAUCCCCAUGAGAUGGAUGAGUUCUCGUUAUACUGCAUCGUCGACGGUGACGCGUUCACCAUGCCGUUAGCCAGAGACGAGUACGUCCUGGACGUCACCACGGAGCUUCACAAAAAUCACCAAGUGUUCUAUUUGAUAUUUUGCAGGUCGGUUUGGUAUUAUCCUUUGCGAUUGGAUGCAGCGUUGUACAUAGAAGUUGUAUUCAACCAAAUUGCUCCCGAUUACUUAGAAGGACUUCUCCUAGUCCUGCCUGGAGAACACUUACCUCAGGAAGUAAUCUAUGACAUGGCGCAAAUCGCGGCGUUACUCCAUAGAGCAGCUGACAUGGCGCACGAGCCUGCGACAAAAGAGAUUAAAUACUUAUUGCCGAAACCGGCGCUCAGCCUGAGAGAACCCAGGCCGCAACAGUGGUCCAACAUGGUUCAACAAGCUUGGAGCAAUGUUCAACAUUCUCCGGCGGCUGCUUGCAAGGCGCAAGUGCUCGAAAUAUUGUCGAAGUGGCCGCUUUUCGGCUCGAGUUUCUUCGCGGUGAAGAGGGUGCCCGAAGGCAAGGAGAAAGGCGCUGAUCACAUCCUGGCUCUCAAUCGACACGGUGUGCACUUCAUAGACCUGAUAACGCAUGAGACGCUGUACCAUUACCCCUAUUCCGAGGUAAUCUCCACGAGGAAAGUCAAGUCGGAGGAGGGCACGCUUUAUCUCGACAUGAAGUGCGGCAAUCUGAUGCAGCAGCGUAUCACCAGAUUGCAGACGGAGCAGGCCCACGAGAUCUCCCGUCUGAUCAGGCAGUACAUAACUAUGGAGCAAAGGACGUCCAACGCUCAAGGUGCCGGCAUCGGCCUGAGAUAAGCUUCUUUGUCCUUCCUUCACGGUCGAUGCCUGCCUCGGGUCGAUCGAUUCGCAGGGUCGUGACUACGAGAUUAAGUCCGCCAAGGCCAAAUGUUAAUGUCGAAAAGGACACUGUGGAAAUCUGCCCAAUGGCUUUUACAUUAAGUACCGGUCUCAACGUGGACUGUGUAGAAGGUACCAACUUUAAUGUUUAUACUACGUAGGGUACUUCUUAGGGUACCAGGUAGAGCAUGGUUCGCUUCAGCAUGCUGACCCGAAAUCCAACAGACGUCGCGAUCGGCACUGCCAAUCCGUUGUCAAAGAUAUUAGUGGGACUCGUUGGAAGGAAGGAAGGAUUGUGGAAAAACGAAUGCUCAAAUAUCUAAACCGUCCAUAUUGAUCAUAACGUAAAACGAUGGACUUGUAUAGCAUUUAUUUAUAUUAGAGGUUUCAUAAAAAAAACAUACACAUACGCUACUCACACACACACACACACACACAUACACACAUACGUCAGAACAGAGAGAUUACAUCCAUCGUGGCGGUGUAACGUUUAAUAUUAACACACGUCUGAUGAGUGUUAAGCAGAAGACUAACCACGUAGCGAUUAAAUGUUAUCAUCAGAUAAUUAUUAAUAAUAAUUGUACGUAUGCAUAUAGAAGUACGAUGUGAACGAAGAUCUUAACUUUAUAUUGAAAUUUGUACGUGUAAAAAGACGUUUUCAUUA